AUGAUUGUGGAAAAUAUAUAUUGUACCUUAGGAAAUGAAUUUACCAUCUGGUCAACUUACAUUUUGGAAGGAUGUGCAGGCUUUAUUGUAUAUUCCUUAACUUUGAUAGUAAUUCUGAUAAUUUUAUAUUAUCCCCUUAUGUUUGGAUUGUUUCUAAUGUUUCUCUACAAUGCAAUACUUUCUGUAUGGAAAAGAAUUGGCAAUCUGCCAGAUGAUAUCAACAGCAAAAAAUGGGACAAGCCAAAGCGAUUUUUGACACUGGCAGCUAAGUGGCAUGGAAAAAUACUGCACAGUUAUGAGGUUUCUGGAGUAGAAAAUCUACCAAAAGAACCAGCAAUCAUUGUUUAUUACCAUGGAGCCUUUCCAAUGGACAACUAUUUUUUUGUCCAUAAGAUUUAUAGACUUACUGGAAAAUUCUUGUAUUCUGUGAUAGAUCAUACUCUUUUUAAUGUACCAGGAAUAAAUCUGUUCCUUACACUCCAUUACACUUAUCAUCCUACAAGAGAAAGGUGUAUAAACCUUCUGAAAGAAGGGCACCAGCUGACAGUUGCACCAGGAGGACUGCGAGAGCAGAACUAUGGAAGUAACCAUUACAAAUUAAUAUGGGGAAAACGGAGAGGAUUUGCUCAUAUAGCUAUAAAUGCAAAAGUGCCAAUCAUCCCUGUGUUCACACAAAAUAUUAGAGAAGGAUAUAUAACAUAUGGAAAUAUAAGACCAAUGAGAUGGUUAUAUGAGCAAAAUCGAUGGCUCGCCUUUCCAUUAUAUGGAAUGUUUCCAGUUAAACUUAUAACCCAUAUUGGAAAACCAAUUCCAUAUGAUCCAGAUGUAACUGCUGAAAAAUUAGCUGAAAAAACUCAAAGGGCAAUAGAGGCUUUACAGAACAAACACCAGAAAAUCCCAGGAAGCAUACUGCAUGCUCUUAAACAAUGCUUUGAGACACGUAACAAAGAAAAACAGUGAUAUAAACAACAACAAUCUCUGUAGAUAACAUA